CCCUCUUGGCAUGAGCCGGACGCGGCGUCCGUUGCAGGACUAGGGCGCCGACAUGAACCUGCAUCAGGUGCUGACGGGCGCCGUGAACCCCGGCGACCACUGCUUCUCGGUGGGCAGCGUCGGCGACCAGCGCUUCACGGCUUAUGCAUCUGGAUGUGAUAUUGUAAUACUGGGAAGUGAUUUUGAAAGGUUACAAAUAAUCCCAGGAGCUAAGCAUGGAAAUAUUCAAGUGGGAUGUGUGGACUGUUCAAUGCAACAAGGCAAGAUUGCAGCAUCCUAUGGAAAUGUUAUCUCUGUUUUUGAACCAAUCAACCUACCAAAGCAAAAGAAAAACUUGGAAUUAUAUAGUCAAUGGCAGAAAAGUGGCCAGUUUUUCUUGGAUUCAAUAGCACACAACAUAACGUGGGAUCCUGUAGGCAACCGUCUUUUAACUGGUUCUAACUGCUUGCAACUUUGGUCCAAUACGAACUUGGAAAAACCAGCUGAAGAUGAAAAUCUAGAUAAAUCCAGUCUUAAUUUUGGGGAUUGGAGAUGCAUUUGGCAUUGCAAAACUGCUUCCCAAGUACAUUUAAUGAAAUUUUCACCAGAUGGAGAAUUUUUUGCCACUGCUGGAAAGGAUGAUUGUCUUUUAAAGGUGUGGUAUAAUGUAGAAAACUGGCGGACAUCUGUUACCUCUCCAGAUGGAAGUUCAGAAAAACAGCCCCAAGGAGAAAUGGACUUUUCUUUUGUUUAUCUGGCCCAUCCUCGAGCUGUAAAUGGAUUUUCCUGGCGUAAAACAAGCAAAUAUAUGCCUAGGGCAUCUGUCUGUAAUGUACUGUUGACCUGCUGCAAAGAUAAUGUAUGUCGACUAUGGGUAGAGACAUUUUUACCAAAUGAUUGUCUGCUGUACGGAGGUGACUGCAACCAUUGGACUGAACCUAUUAACUUAACAAAUAACUUCAAGAGAAAUGCUUCCAGUAAAGAGCGGGUUCAAAAUGCUUUAGACGUAAAUCUGAGACACUUUCGUAGAGGUCGGAGGAGAUCACUUGCACUUGUAGCACAUACUGGCUACCUCCCACAUCAGCAGGAUCCUCAUCAGGUCCACAGGAACACUCCGCUGCAUGCCAAUGCACUUUGCCACUUUCACAUCGCAGCCAGCAUCAAUCCAGCCACAGACAUUCCGCUUCUUCCUUCUAUUACGUCUCUAAGUCUAAAUGAAAAUGAAGAUAAGAGUGGUCCUUUUGUGGUGCACUGGCUAAACAAUAAGGAGUUGCAUUUUACUUUAUCAAUGGAAGUGUUUUUGCAGCAACUUAGAAAAACUUUUGAACAGCCACCUUCUGAUGCCAAUGUAGAAGACUCAAACCAAACAGACGCAAGAUCCGAUGAAGAAAUAGAUGAUGGUGUUGAUGAUAUGAAAGUAAAUCCUGAAAAGAAAGAAUCGAGUGGUGACAAGAUAGCACCAAACUCAAGUUUUAUACCAUUGCCAUCAGCUGCUAUUAAUCAUCAGAUUGAAGUACUUCUAUCUGAAUGGAGUAAAAAUGCAGACAUGCUAUUCAGUAUUCAUCCCAUGGAUGGUUCUUUGCUAGUUUGGCAUGUGGAUUGGCUGGAUGAAUACCAGCCUGGUAUGUUUCGCCAAGUACAGGUGUCCUUUGUUUCCAGAAUUCCUGUAGCUUUCCCUACAGGUGAUGCAAACUCUCUCUGUAAAAGCAUAGUGAUGUACGCCUGUACCAAGAAUGUGGACUUGGCUAUUCAGCAAGGAAAGCAAAAACCUUCUGGGCUCACACGUUCCACAUCAAUGCUGUUCUCUUCUGGUCACAGUAAAUCAACUAACAGUUUAAAAUUAAGUAUUUUUACCCCUAAUGUUAUGAUGAUUUCGAAGCAUGCUGAUGGCUCUCUUAAUCAGUGGCUGGUCAGUUUUGCCGAGGAAUCUGCUUUCUCUACUGUUCUCAGUAUUUCCCACAAAUCCAGAUACUGCGGCCAUCGUUUUCAUCUUAAUGAUUUAGCCUGCCAUUCAGUAUUACCAUUAUUGCUGACUACAUCACACCAUAAUGCAUUAAGAACACCUGAUGUUGAUAAACAGAAGCAACCCUGUGACGCCGCAAAUAUUGAAGAACAUUCUUUGGAACAACAGAAUACAAAUACCAUUGAUACGGCAUUUCAGGACCCUAAUGCAGUUUAUAGUGAACUUAUUCUCUGGAGAGUUGAUCCUGUUGGACCAUUAUCUUUUUCUGGAGGCGUGUCUGAGCUUGCCCGGAUUAAUUCUCUUCAUGUAUCUGCAUUUUCCAAUGUGGCAUGGUUGCCCACACUUAUACCAAGUUAUUGUCUAGGUGCCUACUGCAAUUCUCCUAGUGCAUGCUUUGUAGCAAGUGAUGGGCAAUAUUUGCGAUUAUAUGAAGCAGUUAUUGAUGCCAAGAAACUUCUGUAUGAGCUUUCCAACCCUGAGAUAUCUAAAUAUGUUGGUGAAGUGUUUAACAUUGUAAGUCAACAGUCAACAGCCAGGCCAGGAUGCAUCAUUGCAUUAGAUCCCAUUACCAAACUUCAAGGCAGAAAAACCCACUUGCUUCAUGUUUUUCAAGAAGACUUCAUUUUAAAUAAUCUUCAGAAGAAAAGUCUGGGAAAAGACAACAUAUUAUCUGAAGCAGGUGACUCAUCUAACAGAUUUUCUGAAAAGUUUUACCUAAUUGUAAUUGAGUGCACUCAAGACAAUCGUUCAUUGUUACACAUGUGGAAUUUACAUUUAAAGUCCAUACCUGUCUCACUAGAUGAAAAAGUAGAUACAAAAAUACCUGAAGCAGUUUGGCAGCCAGAAGAUCAUUAUUCUUCUUCUCCAGAGAAGAUAUUGUGUCCCUUCUCACAGAAGUAUCAGGCUUGCAAAGCAAAUCUCCAGAGUACUAGCAAAUUGACUCUGUCUUCAGAACUGGUUUAUAGUCAAGAGUUGAAUUUGCCAGAAGGAGUGGAGAUAAUAAGUGUUAAGCCAUCAGCAGGACACCUGAGUUCUUCUUCCAUAUAUCCUAUAUGUAGCGCUCCUUAUUUAUUGGCUACUUCAUGCUCAGAUGAGAAAGUGAGAUUCUGGAGAUGCAGAGUCACAGAUGCAGAGUCUGCCACAUCGAAGAAUGGGACAGUGGACUUUGUAUAUAUUUGGGAAGAAUGGCCCUUACUUAUUGAAGAUGGACUUCAGAGUAAUAGUAGCAUAACUGUACCUGGUAGGCCUAUCGAAGUUAGUUGUGCACAUACAAAUCGUUUAGCAGUAGCAUAUAAGCAGCCUACAUCUAAUAGUAGGUCUUCUCAGGACUUCAUGAUGCAUGUAAGUAUUUUUGAAUGUGAGUCUACAGGAGGCUCAUGUUGGAUCCUUGAACAAACAAUUCAUUUAGAUGAGUUAAAUACAGUGUUGGACUCUGGUAUUAGUAUUGAUAGCAAUUUGGUGGCCUAUAAUAAACAAGAGGUGUAUUUAUCCAGUAAAGAGAGUAUCACAUCAAGCACAAAGCAUUUAGUUCACUUAGACUGGAUGUCUAGAGAAGAUGGUUCUCAUAUCCUGACUGUAGGAAUUGGAUCAAAACUUUUUAUGUAUGGACUUCUCGCUGGCAAAGUACAAGAACAGACUGGUAAGGAAAAUCUUGUGUUUCCUCUCUGGGAAAGUACUAAACUCGUGCCACUUUCUAAGUUUAUACUGCUACGAAGUGUGGAUUUGGUUUCUUCUGUUGAAGGCUCCCCACCUUUCCCUGUUUCUUUAUCAUGGGUUCGGGAUGGCAUCCUUGUGGUAGGAAUGGAUUGUGAAAUGCAUGUAUAUUCCCAGUGGCAGCCAUCUCUUAAACAAGAACCUAUUGUAACAGAUUCAUACAAUGGCAGCACGCCCUCUUUAACAAGUUUAAUAAAACAGAGUAACUCAUCAAGUUCUGGAUUACAUCCUCCAAAGAAAACUCUGACUCGGUCCAUGACCAGUCUUGCACAGAAAAUCUGUGGAAAGAAAAGUGCAUUUGAUUCUUCUAUGGAUAUAGAAGAUUCGGGUCUUUUUGAAGCAGCUCAUGUAAUUUCCCCAAUUUUACCUCAGUACCAUCCCUUGCAGCUUUUGGAACUCAUGGAUCUUGGUAAAGUUCGAAGAGCUAAGGCAAUCUUGGCACAUCUUGUCAAGUGCAUCGCUGGAGAAAUUGUUGCUCUCAAUGAAACUGAGUCCAAUCAUGAACGCCGCCUGAGGUCUCUCACAAUCAGUGCUAGUGGCAGCACUACCAGAGACCCUCAGGCAUUCAACAAAAGUGAAAAUACAGAUUACACAGAAAUAGAUUCUGUCCCUCCACUUCCUUUGUAUGCCUUACUUGCAGCAGAUGAUGACACCUCUUACUCAUCUUUGGAGAAGUCUAGUAAUCAGAGUACCUUAAAUAACUCAAACCAGUUAAAAAAAGCAAGUUAUGAUGACCUUUUUCAAAUAUCCUCUUUAACAACUGAUAGUCAUGUGUUGGAAACAGAUGAAGAAGAUACAAAGCCCAAAGUUAUUGACCUUUCGCAAUACAGUCCAACUUACUUUGGCCCUGAGCAUGCUCAGGUUCUUUCUGGCCAUUUACUUCAUUCUAGUUUACCAGGACUCAGCCGGAUGGAGCAGAUGUCCUUGAUGGCCUUGGCAGAUACGAUUGCAACCACCAGCACUGAUAUUGGAGAAAGCAGAGACCGAAGCCAAGGUAAAAAUUAAGUUGAAGGGUGGGAAGAUGGAUUAUUAUUGUGUACUAUUGUUUAUGUUUCUUACAAGCAUCUUUUACCUUCAGGCCUUUCUACCAGUAAUUUUGCCUGGGCAUUUCACUCUGUAGCAGAAGAAGAACUGCUGAACAUGUUGCCAGCAAUGCAGAAAGAUGACCCCACGUGGUCUGAGCUAAGAGCAAUGGGUGUGGGUUGGUGGGUCCGGAAUAACCGCAUCUUGCGCAAAUGCAUAGAAAAGGUGGCCAAAGCAGCCUUUCUCAGAAAGAAUGAUCCCUUAGAUGCUGCCAUUUUUUACCUUGCAAUGAAAAAGAAAGCUGUGAUUUGGGGAUUAUAUAGAUCCCAAAAUGACACCAAGAUGACAAAGUUUUUUGGACAUAAUUUUGAGGACGAGCGGUGGCGCAAAGCAGCUUUAAAGAAUGCUUUUUCCUUGUUAGGCAAACAAAGAUUUGAACAUUCUGCAGCAUUUUUCCUCUUAGCUGGUUGCCUUAGAGAUGCAAUUGAGGUAUGUCUUGAGAAACUGAAUGACAUUCAGUUGGCUCUUGUAAUAGCAAGACUCUUUGAGUCUGAAUUUGAUACAUCUGCAACAUAUAAAUCUAUUUUACGUAAAAAAGUUUUGGGAAUUGAUUCUCCUGUCAAGGAACUCAAUUCAUUACACAUAGAUAUGAAUCAUGAUCCUUUCCUUCGGAGUAUGGCAUAUUGGAUUUUAGAAGAUUAUAGUAGUGCUCUGAAAACACUAAUAAAGCAACCUAUCAAAGAGAAUGAUGAUCAGGUCAUGAUGUCAGCCUGUAAUCCUGCUGUCUUUAAUUUCUACAAUUAUCUAAGAACACAUCCUCUCUUGCUGAGACGCCACUUUGGAUCUUUGGAUGCAUUUUCAACACACAUGAGUUUAACAGGGAAAAGUAGGCUGUCAGGAACAAUUACUUUAAGUGAAAGAAGAUUAUUUUUUACUACUGCCAGUGCACAUUUAAAAGCUGGCUGCCCCAUGUUAGCUUUGGAAGUAUUAUCAAAGAUGCCAAAAGUCAUCAAGAAAAUAAAACCUUUUUGUAGGACAUCUAGCUUUCUGAAUACAAGUAAGGAUUGCUCUCCUUCUUCUCCAUUACUAUUGGAUGCCAGGGAAGAUAAGUCUUCUGCUAUUGAUUGGUCACAAUCAAUGAGUAAUGGAUUUGGAUCUUCUUCAGAGGGUUCCUCAGAGAAACAGUCCAACUCCACUCUUUCUUUUGACUGGAGCCAACCAAGUGUUGUACUUCAGGAUGAUUCUUUAGAGUUAAAAUGGGACAGUGAUAAUGAUGAAGAAAAUGAGGAUCUCCUAGUUUCAAAGAAAGAACUAAAACCUUCACAGAGCAAAAUAAAUAAAGACAUGGAUGGAGUAAGUUCUGGUUACACAGAAUCUCUUAGCACAUUAAAUGAAAAUGACAUUUUAAGUCCUUCAGAAGAUGUCAUUGCAGUUCAGUUAAAAUUUAGAGCAUGUUUAAAGAUUCUUACAGUAGAACUCCGUACUUUAUCUACUGGUUAUGAAAUUGAUGGUGGAAAGUUGCGUUAUCAGCUAUAUCACUGGCUUGAAAAAGAAGUGAUAGCUCUUCAGAGGAUUUGUGACUAUUGUUCAGAUGCUGAAGAAUUGCAGUCAGCACCUAGUGAAAAUGGAGAUGAAUUUGGAUCAAAUGAAGAUACUGAAGAUUUACCACACCAAGCAAAAGUAAAACAACUAAGAGAAAAUUUUCAGGAGAAGAGACAGUGGCUUUUGAAAUACCAGUCACUCCUAAGGAUGUUUCUUAGUUACUGCAUACUGCAUGGAUCCCAUGGUGGAGGUCUUGCAUCUGUGAGAAUGGAAUUGAUACUGCUCUUACAAGAAUCUCAGCAGGAAACACCAGAGCCACUAUUCCCUUGCCCUCUGUCAGAGCAGACCUCGAUCCCCCUCCUUUUUGCUUGUACAGCAAGUGCCAAAACAGUAGUUGCCAAUCCAUUAUUGCACCUUAGUAAUCUAACACAUGAUAUUCUACAUGCCAUAAUAAACUUUGAUUCACCACCCCAUCCUGAUAUCCAAAGCAAUAAAGUGUAUGUAAUGCAUACUUUAGCAGCCUCACUUUCUGCUUGUAUUUAUCAGUGCCUUUGUGGUAGUCAUAAUUACAGUUCAUUACAAACUAAUCAGUUUACUGGAAUGGUGUAUCAGACAGUACUUAUUCCUCAUCGGCAUUCCUUGAAAACAGGAAGUUUAGAUGAAGCAGUAACUCCAAAUACAUCACCAGCCCAAUGGCCAGGAAUAACUUCUCUAAUUCGACUUUUGAAUUCUUCGGGCGAGGAAGCUCAGUCAGGGCUUACAGUCUUGCUCUGUGAAAUCCUCACAGCCGUGUAUCUUAGUCUCUUCAUCCAUGGCUUGGCAACACAUUCGAGUAAUGAACUGUUUCGGAUUGUAGCUCAUCCUCUAAAUGAAAAAAUGUGGUCUGCUACAUUUGGUGGAGGGGCACAUAUUCCCAGCAAAGAACAGAUACACUCAAAAACUUUACAAGUUUCUUCACUGGUAGAAGAAGGAGAGAAACAGAACAAACGUUUUAGAACAUCCAAAAUGUCUUGCAGAGAAUCCACUCCACAGACUUCUUCCUCAUCAACAGUAAACCAGGAGUCAUUGAAUGUCAAAGAGAAGUUCAUCCCACCUGAGCUCAGUAUCUGGGAUUAUUUCAUUGCCAAGCCUUUCCUACCUCCUUCCCAAAGUAGAGCAGACUAUGAUUCAGAAGAGAGUCUUGACAGUGAUGAUGAUGAUGAUGAUGAUGUCUUAGCUUCAGAUUUUCAUCUCCAGGAACAUUCUAAUUCCAAUUCAUAUAGUUGGUCAUUGAUGCGCUUGGCAAUGGUGCAAUUGGUGCUCUCCAAUUUGAAGACUUUCUAUCCUUUUGCAGGCCAUGAUCUUGCAGAGCUUCCAGUUAGUUCACCACUAUGCCAUGCAGUUCUAAAAACUCUUCAAUGCUGGGAACAAGUUCUUCUUCGAAGACUUGAAAUUCAUGGUGGGCCACCUCAAAACUAUAUAGCAAGUCACACCUCUGAAGAGAGUUUGUCUGCUGGCCCUGCAAUUCUCCGCCACAAAGCUUUGCUAGAACCUACAAACACUCCUUUCAAAUCCAAGCACCACCUGGCUCUGUCUGUGAAGCGACUCUGGCAGUAUUUGGUGAAGCAGGAAGAAGUCCAGGAAACAUUUAUCAGAAAUAUAUUCACAAAGAAAAGGUGUCUAAAUGAGUCAUUAGAGGACAACUGUGAAACCAUCAAAAAUUCUAUGAUGAAGGAGCCAAACAUCAAUAAGAUUGAAGCAGAUUUGGGGUAUCCUGGAGGUAAAGCAAGAAUUAUUCACAAGGAAUCUGAUAUUAUUACAGCCUUUGCUGUUAAUAGAGCAAAUAGAAACUGCAUAGCAAUUGCUUCAAGCCAUGAUGUUCAAGAAUUGGAUGUCUCUGGAAUUCUGGCUACACAGAUAUAUACUUGGGUAGAUGAUGAUACCGAAAUGGAAGCCAAAGGAUCAGAAGAUUUCUUGGUUAUCCAUGCACGUGAAGAUUUAACAGCUGUACAAGGUACAACACCAUACACACACAGCAACCCUGGCACUCCAAUCAACAUGCCAUGGCUUGGUAGUACACAGACUGGCAGAGGAGCAUCUGUGAUGAUUAAGAAAACCAUUAAUAAUGUCAGAAGAAUGACUUCUCACCCAACUCUCCCUUACUAUCUCACAGGAGCUCAAGAUGGGAGUGUCAGAAUGUUUGAAUGGGGCCAUUCUCAGCAAAUAACAUGUUUUCGAUCUGGUGGCAAUCCAAGAGUUACCAGAAUGAGAUUUAGCUAUCAGGGAAAUAAGUUUGGAAUAGUUGAUGCGGAUGGAUAUUUAAGUUUGUAUCAGACAAACUGGAAAUGUUGUCCAGUUACUGGAAGCAUGCCUAAACCAUACCUGACUUGGCAGUGUCAUAACAAAACAGCCAAUGAUUUUGUCUUCGUUAGUUCAUCCUCUCUGAUAGCUACAGCUGGUCUUUCAACUGAUAAUAGAAAUGUAUGUCUGUGGGAUACUCUGGUAGCACCUACCAAUAGUUUAGUUCACGCAUUCGCCUGCCAUGAGAGUGGAGCUACUGUUUUAGCAUAUGCUCCAAAGCAUCAGCUACUAAUAUCAGGUGGCAGGAAAGGCUUUACAUAUGUAUUUGACCUUCGACAACAGCAACAGACACAGCUUUUCCAGAGCCAUGAUUCUCCUGUGAAAGCCGUUGCUAUUGAUCCAACUGAAGAGUAUUUUGUUACUGGAUCUGCUGAAGGCAACAUAAAGAUCUGGAGUCUCUCUAACUUUAGUCUUCUCCACACUUUUAUCAAUGAACACGCUCGGCAGUCGAUUUUCAGAAAUAUUGGUACUGGAGUGAUGCAGAUUGAGACAGGGCCAGCAAAUCACAUCUUCUCAUGUGGAGCCGAUGGAACAAUGAAAAUGAGAAUAUUGCCUGAUCAGUUCAGCACAUUAAAUGAAGUGUUCAAAAAUGAAGUGAAAUUUAUACUAUAACGUUUUAAAAAUAAGAUGCUUAAUUUAUUAUCUACUCCAUGGAAGUGACCAACACAUAUAAUGUACAGCUCACUCUCUACCACAAAUAAGCUAAUGCUUUCCUGUUUUUAUACUUAUUUAUGGAGCUUUGCCCUUGAUACACUGAUGCCUUAAAAAUUAACAAGGUCAUUCAGAAUUAGAGUAUAUUGCCUAAAGUAGAAUGUAUAGGUAGUGCUAUAAUAGUACAUAUAUAGUAUAACGAGUAUGUUCUAGUGUUAAAGGAAUUUUGUUUUCUGAUUGUUGAUAAAUCAGAAUCUUCUGCAUAUAUCUUAUCUCUACAUGAAUUUCUUUCCCAGUAAAUACACCUUUUAUCUUAAGGCAGUUGCACAUUAGCUAUCUCUUAAUUUAUCACACUCUCACUCCCUCUAUCAAACACAUACUUCACAUACUCUUCCUGUUAAUGAAAACUGAAAUUUGGGUAAUAAUUAAGAAGAGGAACGUCUGCAUUAAACCUCUCAACCAGCUUAUUAUUAUAUAAUGUUUUUGCUAAUUUUCCCCUUUGGACCUUAAGUUGUAUUAUGUAUACAGAUGUGAUUGUGUGUAUAUAUGUAAUAUAUCUUACACAUUUUAUUUGAGCAUAGUCUGUGUGUGUAUAAGAGAAAACUGCAAGACUUCUCUUUUUUGUGUGCCAUAACAAUUACUGCCACCAGAAUAUAAGAUAUGUAUUUGCAGCUGUUUUUUUUUUUUCAACUUUUUAAAUUUCUAUCCUAAUUUGCAGAUAAACUGCAGGAAAACUUCUGAGAUUAUUAUUAUAAACUGCAUUGAGUCAAGUGUCUUAGCCAGCCAUAACAAUUCUAUGUUGACAUACUUCAAAGUAAGCCUAGAAACUUAUGAAAGGAAGUUCGAGCAUCAAGCAAGACAUUUUACUUUAAUCUGUUCCAUUUUCUGUUAUUAGGUGUUUCUAGUUUCAAAGUUCUAAAAGUCUUUUAGCAGUGUUUUUAGAAACAAAUGUGAAAACAGUCAAAUUGAAUAGAUAGUAUUUACAAAUGUAAAAUAUUUGCCUGAUAUACCAUUAAUAGAAAGAAAACUGAACCUUAUAUUUUAUUAUUUUUGCCAAAAUACAUUAUUUUAUUAUAGAAUAUGACCAAAAAUGUUAAAAAUGCACAAUGCUUUUAACUUAAAUGUGCUAAUAACCAUUUCUGUCUGUUUUGUGCUGUAUAUUUUCUGGUUUAGGAUUAUAGAAAACUUGAUAAAUACUUGAUUUUAACCAAUGAGACCGGAGGCAUAUGGGACUAAGUAUUUGAUGGACAAUUAUAUACUAUUUAGCUUAAAUAAAUAUUUUGUUAAUAGGACUAUAAAAACAUUUUUAUGUAACAAUAUGGACAACUAUUAUCUUGGAAAUUAAAAUGGCAAAUAAAGCAAAGAAAUGAAGGGCUGGUAAAAUGAAUUUUGUAAUAUCCUCAGGAUACUUUUAAAAGUAUAUUGUUAAUGAUUUUGUAAAUUGUACUCAUAAUUUUAAAUGUAUUGAGCAAGUUGCAGUGAAAACACUAUUACUACAUAGAGAGUUUAUCUGCACCUAAUAACCUGUACCUAUAAACUGUGCAAUAACAAUAUGUGACUCGUUUGCCAUGGAGGAAUCUGUGACAGCAUUGCAAAUAACUGUUUGAUGUAAUUAAGCCUAACUUAUUUUUCAGUAACUUCACAAAUCAAGACUCAAAAAUGCUUUAAUUUAAAGACUUUCAAUGAGUUAGGAAAAUUUGUUAUUAUGCUUACUAGAAAAAAGGCAUUGUGGAUAGACAAACAUUUUAAUUGGGGGUUUCUAUGAACAUUACAUUAUGUAAGCCCAUAUGUAUUUACAUUCAGAGUCAUAAUAUUUUAAAUAAACAAUCAUGAAGUGACUU